AUGGGUGUCAAAGGCUUGGGAAGACCCCCACCAGGGGCUACAAAUGAUCAAAAGCCCGCCAACAAAAUGCGUCGCAAAUUCCUUCACAUCAAGCGGAAGAGAGAGAAGACCGAGCAAGGUCUCAAGCGCCGAUACGGAUUCAAGAAGGAUGAAGCCAAGAACCCCAAGUUGAAGGAAGAACGUCUGCGUCGCAAUAUCCCUCUGACCCUCGACCGAAAGCGUGUCUGGGACGAGCCCGACAAUGAUACCGAGGAAACUGGACUCGGCUGGAGUGUCGACGUCGAGCGUAUCAAGAGAGCCAAGAAAGAAGAAGACGAUGAGCUCAACCGACCCUUGGAAGAAGGCGAGGACGACAGCGACGAACCGGAAUCCGAUAACGAGUCAAUUGACAGUAUGAUGGAGUCCAGCGACGAAGAGGACGAGGGAAAAGACGACGAAUAUUCCGGCCGUGGACGCAAAAACUCCUCCCUCCCUACAGCCACCGAGCGAGCCACCAGCCCUUCACAAUCAACCCGCAGUACAAACCUGAGCCUGGCGCCCGAAGCCCUGGCUGAAAAGUUCCCCUCGCUCUUCUCCCCAGAGUCGGACAAGCCGCCCAAGGUGCUCAUUACAACUGGCCUGCACUCAACACUGCACGACCAGGCCGAUAUCUUGACAGACCUGUUCCCGAACAGUGUGUACAUCCGCCGCGCAGCGCACCGACACGCGCAUAAGUUUUCCAUCCGCGAGAUCUCCAAGUUCGCCUCGAACCGCAACUUUACCACCCUGCUCGUGCUCAACGAGGACCAGAAGAAGCCCAGCGGCUUGACUAUGGUGCACCUCCCCGUUGGCCCAACUUUCCACUUCACCAUCAGCAACUGGAUCGAGGGCAAGAGGCUACCGGGACACGGACGGGCGACCGAGCACUGGCCCGAGCUGAUCUUGAACAACUUCCGUACACCGCUGGGUAUGCUCACGGCACAUCUAUUCAAGAAGCUGUUCCCGCCGCAGCCGGAGUUUGAGGGACGACAGGUCGUUACGCUGCACAACCAGCGCGAUUACAUCUUUGUUCGUCGGCAUCGUUACGUCUUCCGUGAGAAGCGGGAUACGGAGAAGGCGGUUGUUGAUGCGAAUGGCAAGGAGAUGGAGGGUGCGGAAGGUAUUCGCACAGGUUUGCAAGAGCUGGGCCCUCGCUUUACGUUGAAGUUGCGCCGUGUUGAUAAGGGGAUUCAGCGGGCGAGUGGACAGGAGUGGGAGUGGAAGGGAGGAAUGGAGAAGUCGAGGACCAAGUUCCAGCUUUAG